GCAGUGAUAUUAGCACACACAUGACACAUCUAGUCCCGUGCUCACGAUGGAUCGGACGGUAGUGUCGUGGAACGUCAUCUUAAUUUUCUUCAUUUUGGUGGUAGUUUCGAGCACUUUUGUCAGUGGGCUUUCACCGGAAGAGGAACUGUUUCACAGCUUCAUCAUCAAAUAUGGGAAAACAUAUAGAAAUGGGUCGACAGAAUAUCAAAAACGUUUCAGAAAUUUUAAGGAAAGCCUAGCUCGACACGGGCAGUUGAACUCCUAUCGCACCAACCCCCAAGAUGCAUUCUAUGGAGUGACACGAUUUGCUGACCUGACCCAAGAGGAGUUUGCAUCCACUCUGCUUGGUGGGAGGGCCGGGCGACGAGUUGCCCUGGCAACCAGACCCAACUUGAGAAAUCUUGUGGAAAAACCCGGACCGAAAGAAGGCAUUCCAAAAAAGUUUACUUUACAAGGAAGAAAUCCACCUGUAUUGACGGCAAUUAAGGACCAAGGAUCGUGCGGAGGAUGUUGGGCUUUUAGUAUCGUGGAGUGUCUUGAGACGCAGCAUGCCAUGGAUACUGGUACCCUGUACGACCUGAGCACCCAGCAAGUCAUGGACUGCAACAACGUGACCAGUGAUCAUGGCUGCAAAGGAGGAAGCCUGUGCGGCACACUAGCCUGGCUCAAUUCCAGCAAAGAGAAAGUAGUCUUAGACAAAAAUUAUCCCUACAAGGAGAAGUCAGAGACGUGCAACAAGGCUGCUGCAUCACACGGUUUGGUGUACCUGAAAAAUUAUACCUGUCAACCAUACGUAGGUAAAGAACAGGAGAUGGUCUCUCUGGUGUACGCUCAUGGCCCGUUGCUGGCAGCGGUAGACGCGACAUCAUUCCAAGACUACAUGGGAGGCAUCAUCCAGCAUCACUGCACCGAUACAUAUGACAACCAUGCUGUGCAGAUUGUCGGCUACGACCAAACAGGUCCAAUCCCCUAUUACAUCCUCCGCAACUCCUGGGGUGCAGACUGGGGACUCGGUGGGUACCUCCACAUCAAGAUAGGUGGUAACCUGUGUGGCAUUGCCAGGACUGUAGGCAGUGUGGAUACCAACUAAGAGAUGUCCCUGCCACAAGUCAAUCACAAGUCAUCCAGUCUCGUGGACAAGCUUUCCAGUUGAACUGUAGAAAAAAAGAAUUUCUCAGGCAUGAAACUUUUCCUCAGAUCGGCUGAUUUCCUCGUUUGUCACUUCACACUUUUGUGCUAUAGACCAUUUUCAUAUUGCGGCCAUCUUGAAUUUUCCGCAUUCAAAUUAAUGUAACCAAAGGGAGGCUAGAAGGAAAAAUAGUCUGGUUCCUUUUUGCACACAAAAAAUUAUCAUUCAGUACUUUUAUUGGAUACAGGGAACAUGACUGAAAUGGUGGCAGCAUGAUAAAGGUCUAGUGAAGUCUUCAAAAGCUUCGAAUUUCCUCUCUCUGUUUUUGUUUACUUCCCAGCCAUAUGCAUGAUUCCUUUGUCAGUGUUCAUCACUUGAACCUCGCUUGUGGAUUUGACUUGUGAUUCAUUUAACUACAGCUCACGUCCCUGGUUCCCUGUCCAAGAUAUGACAGUUCCUUGCAAAUAACCAUUUUUUUUUUAGAUGGAUUUUGGAUUCCAUGUUUUGUUGCCUACUUCAUACCUGUGUGCCUCAAUCUGGUUUCAACUCGGACAAUAAUGAAGAGAUGGAAAAAAUGUAUAUACCAAGCAAAUAACCUUGAUUUUGUACUCUAUAUUAUAUGCCUGAAAUAAGAUUUAAAGAAAAACCUACUUAACUGGACAUUUGAUUUGUUUAAGGGCUUAAAGAUGUAUUCCUUGUACUAUAUUCAAGUUGCACUUCAAAAAUGGAUUGUUUUUUUCAGUUGCUAUAUUCCAAGCAAAAUGAGUUAUUCACUUUUGAAUGAAACAUUGAACCAAAAAGUCCACCGACGUUUAGUUAUUAAAUGAAUUGUUCACAGAACUGGAAUUAUGGGCUGCCAGACAAUAAUUCGGCUCUUGCAGGGAGACUUAUUUGUGCACAAACUGAAAGCCCUUUUCUCAGAGGGCUGCAGACACCAAAAAUCAGAAUUAAGAAUUUUUUUUUGUUAAAACAAAACGUUCAAGUUGAACAUUUGUUUGGGGAAAAAAAAUGCAUUUUUAAAUGCAAUUUUUGAAGACCAUGGGGUAUGUGUUCAUCCUUAACUUUUUUACAAGCAGGCAAAGCUGAUCGUGUAAGGUAAAACGAACAUACAUGAAUAGUGCUAAAAUUCAAAGCUUUCUAUGCAACAAAAACCUAUCAGCUACUCUGAUGGGUAUGUUAUUUAGUAUUUAUCAUGAUUUUACAUGAAAUCUAUUUUACUAAGGGAAUAAAUAUGUGCUUGGCUAGUUUUAAAUAAGUAUGAUUAAAAUUGGCUAGGAACCUUUAUCCCUGUCGAGCCAGAGGUGAGGUUCAUUAUCUGCGGCCAGGCCCCCAGCCGGUUUUAAACGUACUUGUUCAAUACCGGCCAAGCACAUAUUUAUUCCCAUUCAUAAAUACCUUUCAAACAGUCACAAGUCAGAAAUUCACAGAUUUUCAACAAUUUUGUUCAACAAUUUUACUCCACGUUUUGUGAACACCCCUCCGGCAUUGUCUAUAUGUGCCUCACCCGUGUAGUGCUAAAAAUCUUCUUAUUUGGAAAUUGUACAUCGUACUGCGUGAUGUGGCGCAGAACGCAGCAGUGCUUUAUCAUCGGUUUAAAACCACCCACGUGUCUCAAACUGUCUCAGGUAUUUAUGAAUAUAAGAUAAAUAUCAACUCCUUCAGAGUUUUCACUGACAGAAUUGUGCAGUGCCAUGAUUUACACAGAUUAACUUAAGUAGUGUUUUGUCUAUCAGUACUAAAAAAGAAAAUAUGGACGAUUUGUAUAUUUUUUGUGAGGAAAAAAAUGAAGAAAAAAGUGAUUUUAAAUCCUUAUUUUUCAUUUGUCUUAAGUAUUAAAAUAUAAUCGGAAAAAGAUUGGCUUUUGCUUAAAAGUAUGCCAAAGUAUAUAUUCAGAUGUGUUCUAAAUAUGGAAUGGCUUAAAUAAGAUAAUUAUUGGCGUGUCUUUGAAAAAUGAAGCUAAAAGUGUAAUGAAGACAGUAAGGCCAUUAAAUGAAAGUGAAUACAUUACUAAACGUGCAAAUUCCGCCACCAACA